AUUCUUAUCAUUUAUAAUGGCUAGUUAGAUUUUUACUCAAGAUCUACUUUACACUUCAGCUAAAUUUAAUAUUAUGCUGAUUGAUUAAGAGAUUACUUUUCAUGCUAUCGGGUGAAGAUGUACAUGCUGCGAGUGAGGAGCCUGAAGUCAUUGAUGUCCAGCUUUCAGCUUCGAACCAAAUUCCUCAAAGACCAAACUAAGAUCAGUGAGUGUUCUAUAUGCCACGGCAUAGGUAACGGAACAACAUGUUCAAGUUGCCAGGCUCAAGAAUGGCGAAAGAGAAGAGGUGAUAUGAGGAUUUAUGGUCCAUUUCCUGAAUCAACGGAAAAGAAAACUAGGGAAAAAGAAACAGCACAUAGGCUGUUAGAUGAAGAACAUACCCGCAAGUUCAUAACUCAGGCUGGCAUUUGUUUGAAGAUCAAAAUUAGAACCAGACUUGCUGGUGCAGAUGUUUAGGGACUAUAUAUUAUCCUUUGCUCAGUAUCUACAAAGAUUGUGUGCUGAUUGUCCUCUUUUUGGUUCGGAACUUAAUGUAAACUUUUUGGUUAAGCAAUGGAAGUGGCUUUGUUACCAACAUCAUGUCUUGUGAUUGUCAUUCCAUUGUUUUGUGAUUCUUGGUACAGGUCCAAAUUAGC